AUGAUGAUGGCACGAGUUCAGUUAUUCUCCCUUUUCAUCUUGUUACCAUUGAUCACACAUGGUCACAGACAACCUUACAGUAGAAAGGGAUACGGUAGAUACGGCUACAGUUACCCGAAUAAUGUGAAAUAUGCUUAUGGACAUACGCAUGGAUAUUAUGCUCCUGGUAAGGAAAUAAUGGACGUAAUUUACAUUAACUGAUCGUAUCUUAAAGAGUUAGAUAUCUUUAUAUUAGAAUAUCUCUUGAAACAACAUUGCAUUACUGUACAUCCUUCGUUCUUUAUUAUUUUACAUUUUUAGCUCCUCGAAUUGUAGCCAGGCCCACCCUACCCGUGGUACCACGAACCUACUACUACCCAUCACAGUACUCCUCUCCACAGUAUGUUCAACCAUCUUAUCGUACAUAUCAACCCAGUUACUCUAACAGUGACUAUAACAACUAUUACAAUAAUUAUCUAAACUAUUACAACUAUAGGAACUACAACUAUGGUAACUACGCCAACAACUACGGCAACUACUACGGUAACUAUAACAGCUAUGGAAGCAACGUGCCAUAUGGAUAUUAUAGAGCACCAGGGGGGAACUCAAUAACUUUGGACAGUAAUUCCAAGUUUUACAUUUACAGCGAACAUACCGGUAACGGGUUGUAG